AUGGCGCCCCAGAAAAAAACCCCUGUAGUUCGGAAAGGCGCAUCUGCGGCAAACGCAGGCAUCAGCAGUACAGGCAUCAGCAGUAAAAGAUUGACGCAAAAAGCCGCCAAAAAGAAAGAGGACCAGUUGCAAGAGCAGCUCAGAAACCUCGAGAAGAAAUACGAGGAUGCCGAUGACAAAGAGAAGCAACAUAUUAAGAGUCAGAUACAAAUCACAAGGAAGCUUGUUGAUGACGCCAAAUCAGCGGCUAUGGAGCUGGAUGGAGAUAAUGCUAUGAUGCUGGAUGAAGAUACUGAGUCACCUUUAGACAUCGAUGAGCAACGAGCCGAAACCGAAACCCAAGAAGCCGGCACCGAGGUACAAGGGCAACCAUCGAGCAUCACACAAGAAAAAGGCUUAUUCGUAGAGGAAAAUCCCGCAAACUCCGGAGCCACAAUUGGUCAUUCGUCUAGGACCCAGUCUGAACAGCAACAGCCAUCGGAGUGGAAUAGUGGCUUGCAGCCCGACAUGCCCCUUGUUUCUAGAGAAGAGCCCCAGGAUGAUGGUGAUGACGACAAUAUUGGACUCGUCCGUGCUUUUGACGAUAUGUCAUUGUCCCAAGCUCUUGGCAAGCUUGAAUUUGCUUUCAAGGGUGGUUGGGGGGUCUAUUAUGGAGUUUAUCGCCAUGGUUACGAGUCUGCGCCGCGCUACUCCAUCCACUACAUUGGGAAGGGAUUUAGUUCCGAGAUUCUGCGCAAUCCAUCUUCCAACUUUGAAUCAAAAUCCUUGAUAGUCGGUCGUUCUGCUGAAAAAGGUACGAUAUACAAGAUCGUAGGUGUGGCAUGGAAGGAUGUCCCAGGUUUUGGCCGCAUGGAAUCGUUGGCUGAAGAUCAGUGGACGUCGAGUUCAAGGAAUAUGUUUAUCAAGGUGAGAUGGCAGGACAAUAACGGACCGGAGUCAUGGGAAAGACGAGGCGCUGCGAAAGAUUAUCUGUAUCCAAAAGCCCCGCAGAAGAUCCCCGGGAAGGAUAGCCUUACGUACGGCGACCACGUCAUCUUGAACCAAAGCACAAAGAGGCAUAAGGCGGACCGCUUGAUCAUCGAAACAGCGGUACGGAUGGAGCGGAGAUUUGAUCGAAUUAGAGCCAAUGGGGGUAGAACUGAGGGACUGGCUAAAAGCCUCACGCCAGGAUUAGUUUCAGAACGACCGGUGAGAGCCAAGGUGGUCGACGAAAAAGAUCAUCAGGAGGCUUCGCUUGUUAAAUCCGAGCUAGUCGGCCGGUUCGACUAA